AUGCAUCGCCAUCGCCAUCGCCGUCACCAGCUUUGGAUCUGGGUCACCGGAACGCCUCUCCAGGCCGGUCGGGAUUGCACAUGGCGCUCUUGUCGACACGGCGGUUGUCUCUGGUUGGCUGAGAGCGGCAACGGCAAGGGUCGGGUGAUGGUAUUCCAGCUUACCGCGGUAGGCUUGACCGACAGACCCAGGGUGGUGGUCAGUGGUGAUGGUGUGGAGGGCGUUCUGCUUGUACCCGGCCUGGCGCGUGCAUCGUCUUCAGACUUUCAGUCCUUUGGUGCGAUUGGCAUCUGGCACGCAUGGCAGGGGCGCCAGCUCGAGGUGCGACGCAGAAGCUGA